GGUCUUCAUCACCGUGCCCGAUUCGGUAUUCCUUUCCUUUUACGUGCCGUGUUACUCUUCUGCAAUUCUUUGCUUGUUCUUAACCUUCAUCACCGCCCCAACACUCCGAUUCUUUCAAUUGAUUCAUGGGUUAUUUCCUCUGAGAAUUUGGGAUUGAGAUUUCUAGUGGGUUCUUUAGAAUUUCUUUUUCUGCGAUUUGAACAAAAAUGCCAGCGACCCCAUCUUCCAAUUUGUUCCAUCAAACUUCGGUGUUCGAUUGCCAUAAACAGACCCAUUUGAUUUCUCCGGCUACGGUUUCUUCUUCCACUUGUUCAUUGAGUGUUCUAUCGAGUUCCAAUUUAUCCGGACGGCGAAUCCAUGGAUUCCCAUCUUCCAAUCUUGUGUCCUCGUUUUCCCCUGCGUUUGUCACUUCAUUUCGUUCGCGAAAUGGUUUAAUCAGCGGCAAAAUCCGGCGGAAGAGGCGGUUGAGGAUUCCGGUCAUUUCUGCCAUUUUUGAGCGGUUCACCGAAAGAGCGAUUAAGGCUGUGAUCUUUUCGCAGAGAGAGGCGAAAGCCCUUUCGAAGGAUUUGGUUUUUACCCAACAUCUUCUUUUGGGUUUGAUUGCUGAGGAAGAACAUAAUCAAUCUGCUGGUGGUUUUUUAGAUUCGGGUCUUACACUCUCUGUGGCUCGUGAGGCCGUUCGUGAUAUUUGGCAUACUAACGAUGCAAUAGGUGAUGCCAGUGUUCAUAGUGCGGCUAUUACGCCUCAUGUCCCCUUUGCUAUCAGCACCAAGAGGGUGUUUGAUUCCGCUGUUGAGUAUUCCAAGCAAAUGGGCCAUCAUUUCAUUGGACCUGAACACCUUUCCAUUGCUUUACUUGCUGCUGACGAUGAUGGAAGCAUACAGUUGAUUUUGAGGAGCUUAGGGGUAAAUGUUACUCAGUUGGUAGAUGCCGCGAUAUCCAGGCUUAAAGGGGAGCUUGCCAAAGAUGGUAGAGAGCCAUCUAGUUCAUUGCAAUGGAUGCCUAAAAAAUCCGCUUCUAGAAAACCUCUUCGUACGAAACCCUCUCAAAAAGAGAAAGAAAAUAGUGCUUUGGCUCGGUUCUGUGUGGAUCUUACUGCUCGUGCUAGCGAAGGAUUCAUUGACCCUAUUUUCGGUCGAGAUUCUGAAGUUGAACGAGUUGUGGAGAUACUUUGUCGUAGAACAAAAAAUAACCCUAUUCUUAUUGGUGAGAGUGGAGUUGGAAAGACAGCAAUUGCUGAAGGGUUGGCUCUCAGUAUAGCUCAGGCAGAUGCUCCGUUCGUACUGUUGAAUAAACGCGUAAUGUCCUUGGAUAUUGGACUACUCAUGUCUGGUUCGAAGGAAAGGGGAGAAUUGGAGGCACGUGUUACCGCGCUAAUUAAAGAGAUAACAGAAUCAGGCAAUAUUAUCCUUUUUAUUGAUGAAGUCCAUUCACUUGCUGACCUUGGCACAUCUGGAGGUGGAGGUAAAGGGUCGGGUCUUAACUUCGCUAAUUUAUUGAAACCGUCACUCGGAAGGGGAAAAUUGCAGUGCAUUGCUUCCACCACAAUUGGUGAAUACACAAAGCAAUUUGAGAAGGAUAAAGCAUUAGCACGACGAUUCCAGCCUGUGCUGAUUGAGGAGCCUAGCCAGGAGAACGCCGUGAGAAUGUUGCUGAGCAUUCGUGAGAAAUAUGAGGCUCAUCACAACUGCAAGUUUACCCUUGAAGCAAUAAAUGCUGCUGUGUAUCUGUCUGCAAGAUACAUAAGCGACAGGUAUCUUCCCGAUAAGGCAAUCGAUCUCAUUGACGAAGCAGGUAGUAGAGCUCGUAUGGAAACCUUUAAGAAGAGAAAAGAAUUGCAGACUUCUAUACUCUAUAAAUCACCAGAUGAUUAUUGGCAAGUAAUUAAGGCUGUUCAGGCUAUGCAUGAAACGAACGUGGCCAAUAAACUCAAAGACGGAGGGGUUCAAAGCUUGGAUUCUUCUGGGAACAACGCCUCGGAGUCCACUUUCUCUUCAAUAUCAGAUAAUUAUGAACCUGUGGUGGUGGGGGCAGAUGAUAUUGCAGCAGUUACUUCCCUUUGGUCAGGGAUCCCAGUUCAGCAGCUAACAAUUGAUGAGAGCAUUCUUCUGCUGGGUCUCGACGAACAGCUCAAAAAGCGAGUUGUUGGGCAAGAUGAGGCUGUUUCUGCAAUUGCUCGAGCUGUUAAACGGUCUCGUGUUGGGCUUAGGGAUCCCGACAGACCAAUAGCGGUUCUUCUUUUUUGCGGCCCUACUGGAGUUGGCAAGACUGAACUAACAAAAGUUCUGGCAAGGUGCUACUUUGGAUCGGAAGACGCCAUGCUGAGAUUAGACAUGAGUGAAUAUAUGGAGCGACAUUCUGUGAGUAAAUUAAUCGGAUCACCUCCAGGAUAUCUCGGUUACGGAGAUGGUGGAACGUUAACAGAAGCUAUUAGAAGGAAACCAUUUACUGUUGUACUGCUUGAUGAGAUAGAGAAAGCUCAUCCCGAUAUUUUCAACAUCGUCCUCCAGCUGUUCGAAGAUGGACACCUUACAGAUUCUCAGGGACGGAGAGUUUCGUUUAAGAACGCAUUGAUAGUGAUGACAUCAAACAUUGGUUCGACUUCAAUCAUAAAGGGUAGACACCACUCCAUCGGUUUCCUUCUCUCAGACGACGAGUCCUCGACUUCAUAUGCAGGAAUGAAGUCUCUUGUGACAGAGGAGCUCAAAGGGUACUUUCGUCCGGAGUUGCUGAACCGGAUAGACGAGACUGUCGUGUUCCAACCCCUUCAAAAGUCUCAGAUGCUCGAGAUCUUAAAUAUAAUGGUACAAGAAAUAAAGGACAGGCUCAUGUCGCUCGGGAUCGGUCUAGAAUUAUCGGAGUCGGUAAUGGACCUGAUAUGUGAAGUAGGGUAUGACAAAGCUUAUGGAGCCAGACCUCUUCGGAGGGCAGUUACCACAAUAGUUGAAGACCCAUUGAGUGAGGCAUUCCUUUAUGGAGAUCCAAAGCCAGGUGAUACUUUUGUUAUUGAUUUGGAUCCCACUGGGAAUCCCUUUGUCAAAAACCAAAACCAAUCCAAUACUGCAUUUCCACUUGUUUGACAUAGAAGAACAUAGUAACCAUGUUUACCCAUGAUUUAGAAAAAUUAAAUUGUAUAGUUAAUGUAUAUUUAGUGUAUAGCUACGUCGAUUUCUCGACAAAUAUUCUUUGAAAUGUGUUAUACAUUCGAUAAACAAUAAUUGUAUAUUUUUGGUCGGAUAUAGCAAAUAACACCAACUUCAUAGCAGA